UAAAUACACUCCCCAAUACAAAAAGGAUUAACCAUCCCAAAAUGCCGAAUACAGACAACACUCUUCCGAUCCCUAAUAUCCUUUCCCUACACUCGCUUCUGUCCGGAAAUCCGCCUCUUCGUCCGUCUCUCAGACCACUCACAGAACCUCGUCCGCUAGACAUCUCUAUAGCUUCUAGCUCAGAGUAUGGUCAUGUUGAGGUCAAAUUAGGUAAAACUUAUGUUUCCUGUAAAGUUUCAGCUCAGAUAACAUCUCCAUAUGAAGAUAGACCAUUCGAAGGUACAUUUGCAAUCGGUACAGAAAUAACACCAAUGUGUUCACCGGCUUUUACUAGUGGAGGAAAUUCCGAUUUUUCAACUGCUGCUCCGGCAAUUGUUCCUGCACCAGCGAUUUCAGUUUCUGCUAAUAAUGUAGAAAAUUCAGAAGGCAAGGAUAGUACAAGUUCUUCGGUGUUGGCUUCUUCAAACAACAAUACAAACUCUGACAGUGCCGUAACAAUGGGUGGUGGUGCAGUCAUGGGAAUAGCAGCAGAUCAGACAGCAACCGAAGUCUUGCUCAGUAGGUUGAUUGAGAAGGCAGUUCGUCGGUCUAAUUCCCUAGAUUUAGAAUCAUUAUGUAUCAUUGCUGGACAAAAGUGCUGGGCAGUCAGAGCAGAUAUUAGGUUUUUGAACUACGACGGUAACUUAGUCGAUGCAGCUAGUGUCGCUGUUAUUGCUGCUCUUCUACAUUUCAGAAAACCAGAUGUUGAAGUUGUUGGUAGCGGAGAAGGUUCUGAGUUAGUUAUGUAUGAUGAAAAGCAACGAGAGAUGGUCCCUUUGAGCGUUUUACACAUACCUAUCUGCAUCACGUUUCAGUUCUUUUCAACUGAAAGCGUGGAGAGAAAUAUAAAAGGUGAAAAUAGUGGUGGGCUACACUCACGUGGUAAGAAUUAUGUGAAAGAAGAAAGUGAUGACGAAGAUAACAAUAGAAUGGAGGUAGAUAACGAUGAUGACGGACCAAGGGGUUCCAAUGAAAUUAUCAUCGUUGAUGCAACUGCCGAGGAAGAAUUACUUUCUCAAGGAAGCAUGACCGUGACGUUAAAUUCCAACAAAGAAUUAUGCCAGAUCAGCAAAAGUGGUGGCCUAAAUGUAGACGCCAUGCACAUAUUAGAAUGUUGUCAAGUUGCAUCUGGAAUUGUGGAUAAGUGGACCAAAGAAAUCAAAAAAGUUCUUGCCACAGAUUCUGAAAAGCGUAGAGACCUUAGAGCGGAAAGAGUUUUAAGUGUGGUAAACGACAGGUCUACUGAAUAGCUAUAUAAACUAAUUCAAUAAUGUACAACUUCAAAUCUUCAAUGAAAAUCUCUUUUAACGCCGGUGUAGCCGCAAAGCAUUUUUUCCGUGUUAGCA